AUGUCAGCAGAAAGGUAGCAACAGAAGUGGGGAGAGGGAGGGCGGGAGAGGAGGGCAACAAGGAAGACAAGGGGAGAGCCCAGGCACUUGACUUCAACCACAGCUGCCAUCCCCAGGCAAAACAUCACUAUCCUUCAUUCUCAGCAAAAGUGAAAACAGCUCACAUCAAAAAAAAUGAAGGGCUCUGUACUAAUACCCUGUACUAAAGCAGGUUUCCUUCUUUUUGUUUUAUUGCAGGCAAGUUUGAUUUUGUAUGCAAGUGCACAAAAUUCAACAAAUUCCACAGACAUUAUAGCAAACAAUGCAACCUUACUGACUAAUCUGACUGCAAACAGUACCAGUUUAACCUCAGCUAAUGCUACAACCAGUAACCAGUCUCUUGGCACAAAUGUCACAAGCUCAGCAAUGGUAUCCUGUCGAAUCUUCUCUUGCAAUUACUCAGCAUGCCAGAGUACAUUCAUGAGCUCCAAUGUCACCACUUGCUCAGCUUCUGAACCUUUUUGUGAGCUGAGAAGAGAUGGAGAUGCAUUAUAUUCAGUGAGGUGCACAAGCACCUGCCUCACUGCUUGUACGAACACCUCUCAGAACAACUGCUCCAUUAACUGUUGCACCAGCAAUUGUGACAACUCCACUCUCAACAGCCUACUCAACUCUUCUGUCAUAAUGACUACUACAGCAACCGCUGCCACCAGCACCACCACCACUAAGGCUUCUACCAUUGCAUCCACCACCAUGGCAACCAAUGGAAAGAAGUGCCAUAAGAUGACCUGUAAUGGAGAAACCUGUUAUCAAGGCAACACUAAUGUUGGCCUGUGUUCUCCUGGUCAGAACUUCUGCAUGCUGAAGAAGACACAAUCUGUGACAGUAGUGGUCUGGACAGCGAGCUGUAUCGAAGACUGUAGCAAGGAGACAGUGUGUGCUUCCACUAAUACCAACUGCAUUCUAGAGUGUUGUAAUACCACCACAACAAGCUCCUGCCUCAAGAUGAAUGGCCAAGUAAACAUUGUCGGUUCUGGCACUAUUGCUCCAUGCUGUCAUGUGCCACUCUUGGUGUCCUCGUUCUUCCUCUGGUUGCUGAUGAUCGGCAAACCUUCAGAUUAAAUUAUAAGUGUCCAAUGAGCCUGACCACUAGCUCUUGAUCACUGAUGGGACACAGUGUGUGUGUGAGUGUGUUUGUGUGUGUGUGUGUGUGUGUGUGAGAGAGAGAGAGAGAGAGAGAGAGAGAGAGAGAAGAGGAAUUGUGUGCUAUUUAUUUAAUUGCCUGUCAACUGAAAAUAUGUACUACAUGAUGAGGAAAUUACUAUAAUUUAAUGAUGUAUAAUCCAAAGCUUAAGAUAAAAGGAGCAUAUUGAGAGUAAUUGAAUUUGUUGACAACUUCAUUAUAUAGAAAUAUAUAUUAAUUGUAUGUCUUAGUUUAGUAUGUUUUCUUUACCAUUUGCAUAUGACAACAUAGCUUAUUUUGCAGCAAACAAUCCAAUCACUUAGGGCCUUUUUGAUUGGUGUCUAUUAUUUUCCGAUGUUUGGGUAAUGUGGAUCACAUUACCUGCUACGCAGUCAUUCUUUCUCCUACCAAAGCAGAUAAUCCAGACCUAACAAUCAGAACAAUAUUUGUUAAUAAUGUUUCAGAACAUGCACAUUAAGGCUGUUUGACAGAACACUGAUGAAGUCAUCAACAUACAAAACUGACAACCAAACAAAAUGUAAUAUAUACUUUAUAAUAUAUGUGCACUUUAUACUUAUGCAAGAUAAAUGUAGUCUAAAAAAUACUUGCAUAUGUAAAAAAGGCUGUGUGGCAGAAGACUUUUAGCUAAAACGCAAAACCAAAAUUUAUUUUUGAACUAACAUAUAUUGCACUAUAAGAUUGUAUAAACAUAUCUACAAUUUCUGGUACAUAUUAAAUAAUUAUUGAUAAAAAUCUGACUUUGCAUGUUUGAUUGAUAAGGACUCAUGUAUAGUUUGAAUUAAACCAGUCCAUCAACAGAAAAACCCUGACAAAUUAUUUAAAAGAUGGAAAGAAAUGUGCCAGAGAGGAAAUGAAAAACAAAAUUCAAUCAAAAUAAUGUAAUAAUGUCCUAUAGAGGGUGUUUCCAGGCUAGGCUUCUGGCCAGAUUCACACGAACAUGGGCAGGAUAAAGCAACUG